GUGCGACUGCUUCGACACACUCUACCACUCUGCCACUCUGCUGCAUAAGGUGUCAAGCUCAGCCUCGUUCGUUGUCCUGUCCGCGCUUUCGCUUUCGCUUUCGCUGCUGUUAUCCGCUCGCUGUGUGAGCCGUGAGUGAUUGCUGUCCACUGGCUUCCUUCUGCUCUUCCUCGCCGCCUCGUUCGCCUGAGAGCAUCGUCGUCGCCGUCGUCGUCGUCGCGCACUUAGCCUACGAGCGCACCAUCCCGCAACCACUCGCACCGUGUCGUGUACACAGCUACAGCUAUCCACGCAAUGGCGCCGCUCCUGCGCUUCCCUUGCGCAUUGCACGCCGCGCGGCUCUCGCAGCGCGCGCGCCGCCCCCUCCUAGCAUGGCGCUGCUGCUACUACUACUACAGCACUGACGCGGCAGGCUUUCGGCCAGCAUCGGACUCGACGCCAUUGCCGGACGCUAUGCCCUCAGCCGACUCCCCGCCACCAGCGGCUAUGACGACCCGCCAAUCCAGCGCCGAAGCAGUAGCGGCACCAGCACCGUCGCCGUCGUCGCCGCCAACACCCGAGCGCACGCUGCAAGCGAAAUGGGCCGCGCGAUGGGCACAGCGGCCGGGGCGGCUCUUCAGCUACGCAGACAUCGCGCACGCGCUGCUCGUAGCCAACGCGGCCGCCGCAUCGCCGCUCGCGCCCGUGUACGCUUGCCACGCCGCGCCCAGCGUGCUGGAGAAGGUCAGGAGCCUGCGGAGCCUGCGGGCGCACGCGCCGCUGCACCGCUCCGUGUACCGGCACGCGGCGCGCCUGGCUGCCAAUCUCGCGGGGCGCGACGCCGGGGGUGCGAAAGCGACGGCCCUUCGGCGCGUCGAUGGCUAUGUCGCCCGCUUUGGCACGGAUGCUGUGCUCUUGUAUUAUACCUUCCGCCACCGGGAUACGCGCGUUCCGAGCAGAGAGGCCCGCCACCGGAGCCCUUGUGCCGCGCGCGAGGUUCCGCAUGCCGAGGACCAUCUGCUUGAUAUGCGCCGCUUUCUGGCUAGGGUUUGGGAGGCCGUUAACCUGGCGCACGUCUCGUACAGAGCGACUCAAGGCUUCGAUGCCCCGCAUAGUGGUGCAGAAAUGCGGGGUGCCGAUUACAUUGAAAAUCAGAGAAAAGCCCUCCUCCGUUCAGGCGCCCAUUUCCCCAUGGAACACCAGAUUGUGUUUGGCAAUACCAAACCCAAUCGCCCCAAAGUCAUGAUGCUGUCGGACUUGACCACCGAGGAAUGUAGGCUCCAGUUAGCAGUUAAAGAGGCUGUGAAUCAUAUGACUCAGAUGCUGGAUUCUAGAUCCGGCCUUAUACGAAAAGUCGAGAAAAAGCUCCAGAACCUGGCAAGCGCCAUCAUCGUGUAUGCUGGAAACUCUGAAAUUCAACCACGGAUCCACUACAAUGCCGCUCGGGAGUUGCUCUGCCUAUUGGCUCCGCUGACACCUGCGUUCGCAGAGGAAGCUUGGAUUGUGUUGCUUGAGGGGCCGAGCGCGUCGAACUAUUCGCCAUCGCCCGGGAGUUUGAGCGGCACCGAGGAUGUUCCCAACGAAAUGCCAAGCUUCAAUAGCAUGGAAGAAGACUACAGCGACAAACCCAGCUCGAGUGACGCAUGGGAAACGAGCAACGCGGAGGGAGAGAGCAGCGAAACGCCAAGCUUGAACAACAUAGAGCAAGCGAGCAGUGACAUGUCAAGCUCAAGCGACGCGGCAACGAGUAGCAGCACGCCAGACUUGAACGACUGGGGAGAUGCUUAUAGCAGUAUGCUAAGCACGAACGACACGGAGGAAGCUCGCAACGAUAUUGAGGCGAGCAGCAAUACGGAGGAAUCUCCCAGCGACAUGCCCAGCUUGAGCGACGUGGAGGAAACGAGCAGCGACAUAGAGGAAGCUCGUAGCCCAAGCAACACAGACGCAGCAAGCAGCGCCAACGCAAGCACGAGCGGCACAGAAAAAGAAGAAGAAGCUCCCAGCGCCGAGCCCCCUACGACCAGCAACGGAACCAGCUCCAGAUGGCAGAUCCCAGCAUCCGAAGCAGCUGCCAUCGACACUAGCCACGGGCUGCCCAUCCGCGGCAGGCCCGAAACCAUCUGGUCGGUUUUCGACCAGCGCUUCCCGCAGCAAUGGCCGCAAAACGGCAUGCAGCUACUGCGCUGGCGAGCCGAGUCGGCCGCCAACACUUGUGCGAACUUUCCCGCUUCUCGCGGUGCCGCCGCCGCCGCCGCCACAGGAGAGUUAGAUCCGGAGUCGCAAGACGUUGAGGAGUACUGAGCGUUGGCUCGUCGCUGAUGUUGUCUGCCCACUGAAGCUCGGGUUCGGUGCGGGAGUUGGAGUCGUGUAGGUCUUGCCAAAGUUCGAUAUUGUGAAGCUCUGCAUAUAGCGAGAACAGUGGUCUUUUGAUACUGUAGAAGCUUUUCGUGUGUCGUCGUGUUUGUCUAAAACGGCUGUUUGGUCUUUUGGUCUGUUGGGGAAGGGUUUUCGAUAGAUCUUCAUGUCUGCUCCCUGCGGGCCAUGCCAUAUCUGGCUCAAGAAAUUGUCGUGCAUGAGAAGCGAAGAAGCACUCUCAGCUCGGGAACCAUCC